GGUGAGAUUCAUCGCUCAACCUCAGUGGAGCGAUGAUGGAUGAUAUGAUGGACGGCGGCGUGAUUUUCGAGGAACCUAGUGUGGCAGGUACAGGCCGUGCUGAAUCGAUGACCAGCACCUCGGAGCUCCCUCAGCUUCUCAUCUAUUGCCGAGAGCUGCGUGAGGGUCAAAACAGGUUGAGUGCCCAACUGCAGGCGGUACACAACAACGUCAGCACCCUGUUGCAGCACAGUGCCUGUGACACUAGUCCGGUGAACACUUUACGCGGGACACUGCCGAAGAAGUCCUGGCAGUCGAAGAAGUCAUCGCACUCGUUGAGGUCAGAGUCCGAACCGGAGAUGAAGGCCACUGUGACAGAGCCUGGCGGUGGAAAGAUCGAGAUCCCCAACUUUCGACGCACGAAUCGCGUGAGCUUGCUGUCCCAUGUUCAAGGAGAUAAAUCGCCCAACGCCAGCAAAUCAUUGAAUUCUUUUCGGCAGAUUGACGCAUGCGUGGAUGGCAACAUUCUUCGCCGGGGUUUAACCCGCAAGAUCUUCGAGAGCGCCUCCCGCAGUCUCUCCUCGAAACUCACGCCCCCCGCUUCCCGCAACAACUCCUUCCUGCACUUUGCUGGGAAGUUCUCGGUGAAGCCUCAAGAGCCUUCGGAUGAGCCAAAAGCUCUCAGGGGAGGGUUGGAGUUCAGUGAUUUGAGAAGCAAGGUAGAUCCUGACAGCGAAAUGUCCAUGUCGGCGCUCUUCAAAAAUCGCGCAACGGAGCUGAUGCCCAAGACCAAGACAAACACGACUUGCUCCCCCAUGCCAACCACUGAAGACGGGGACGAGAAUCCCGCACCUUUGCUUUCCAGAUGCUGCUUGUUGAUCCUCAGCAUCCUUCUUCGCCUCACGGGUUCUUUACCUUGGGUGUCCCUGAAUGUCUGGGAAGCGACCUCGAAUUUCGAGGAAACAUCCUCCGCGCAACGGAGAGUCUCCAAGUGCUAUUGCUGGUUCACAAUUCUUCUGCAUGUCGCCAGCUUGGUUUGCAGCCUCCUCACUGCGUGGUGGACCGUCUCUGUGGCCUUAGCCACCACGGUGAGCGUUUCGCUGGGUGCGUUGGUGCUCUGCCUCACUGGUCCCAUGAGGAACAACGAGACGCAAGAUGAACAGGCAGCCUUGAUGUCCUAUUUGGAGAACUUCAUGGCGACGGGAGGCUUGUCUGAUCACUGGCGCUGGAACCAGAUCAAGUUUGCUUUGAAAGCUGGUGUCUUAUGGCUGGGCAUUGUCGGCCUCAAAUUUUGGCUGGUCUACAGGGCAAGCGCCGAAGAUUUGAACAUGGAGAGCCCUGCGAGCCACGACGUGGUGGUGGUGGUGGCCUACGGUAUUUCUACAGCUUGCCUCGUGUCUGCCCUCUACCUCCAGGCCAUCACUUGGAAUGGCAUCAACAUGAUGAUUUUCACUUUCGCACAACGAGUGCUGAAGGGAGACUGGGAUUGCCAUGACUGCCGCCGCAACUGGCGUGAGGCUGUCAGCCUCAUGCGCGUGACGUCGCGCGUUUAUCAACGCUCCUUCGCAAGCCUUUGCGGCACCACGCUGAUGGUCUUCUUCUCAACCCUCUUUGACAUCCAUCAGGGUCAGGCCUUGGAGACCUUGCCCAGUCUGCUGCUGGCCAUGGCCCUAAUGGUGGCACCCUUCGUGGCCGCCUCGGCCACGGCGCAUUGUACACGGUUGCCAUCCUUGGUCAGCAUGAUCGAUGGCGAUGAGGACCAGGAGGCCCAAUUCCUCGACUUGGCGAACUUCCUUACCCUUUGUGAGUCAGGUUUCUUCAUGUGGGAUACACGUGUGAGUCUCGGAGUGAUGCAAAAGUUCGUGUAUUUCAGUGUGGCGAUUGUCAGCACUAUUGGCUUUCAGCUGGGCGUCUUUCACUUCUGAGCUUGGGGCUGCCACCCCAUCACAACUUGAUGAGUUGGUAGAUGCAAAUGAUGU